AUGUACAUGCCGCAACCCAUGCCCAUGCCAAGUUACCCACCUUCGGCUCCAUCUCAAGGGGGAGGAUACCCCCCUGCCUCAUCUGGAAGUGGGUAUCCUCCAGGACCUCCAAGUGGAGGUUAUCCACCUUCAAGUGGAGGAGGUUAUCCACCGUCAAGUGGAGGAGGUUAUCCACCGUCAAGUGGAGGAGGUUAUCCACCGUCAAGUGGAGGAGGUUAUCCACCGUCAAGUGGAGGAGGUUAUCCACCUUCAAGUGGGGGAGGUUAUCCUCCUGCCUCAAAUACUGGAGGAUAUCCACCAUCAAGUGGAGGAGGUUACCCUCCAGCCUCAAAUACUGGAGGUUAUCCACCUUCAAGUGGAGGAGAAUAUCCUCCAGCUUCUUCUGGAGGUCACAGUUAUCCUCCUGGGAGUUAUCCUUCCUCUGGAGGAGGUUAUCCACCUUCCUCUGGAGGAGGUUACCCACAUUCCUCUGCUCCUGGUGCUCCUCCACAUCAUGGACCAUAUGGAGGGUCGCCCUAUGCCCACCAAGGUGGAAUGAAUACAAGACUGAAGAGGACACCAACUGUGGUUCCUGCCAACCCCUUCAACCCUCGUGAUGACGCGGAGGUCCUCAGGAAGGCCAUGAAAGGCUUUGGGACGGACGAAAAAGCCAUCAUCAAUGUGUUGGCCAGAAGAACCAAUGCGCAGAGAUUGCAGAUCGCUGUGGAGUUCAAGACUAUGUAUGGAAAGGACCUAAUCAAAGACCUGAAGAAUGAACUGAGCGGUAACUUUGAAAAUCUAAUCGUUGCCAUGAUGACCCCUCUGCCAGAGUACUACGCGAAAGAACUUCACGAUGCAAUGAGCGGUAUUGGUACCGAUGAGGAUGUCUUGAUCGAGCUUCUGUGUACCAUGUCCAACCAGGAGAUCAGAACCAUCAGACAGGCGUACGAAGCAAUGUACCACAGACCUCUAGAAAGCGACCUCAAAGGCGACACUGCAGGUACAUUCAAGCGUCUCAUGGUGUCCCUUUGCAAUGCUUGUAGAGACGAAAGUAUGGCAGUGAACCAAGAAGCUGCUAAGAAAGAUGCUCAGUCUCUUCUGAGAGCUGGAGAAUUAAAACUUGGAACGGACGAGUCGACCUUCAAUAUGAUACUGUGCCAGAGAAACUAUGCUCAGCUACAGCUUAUCUUUCAGGAGUAUCAACGCCUUACCGGUCACGACAUUGAAGAAGCCAUCAAAAACGAAUUUUCUGGUGAUUGCGAAGAGGGUUUCCUGGCUGUUAUCAGAUCUAUCAAAAACCAACCAUUAUUCUUUGCAAGAAGACUUCACAAGAGUAUGAAAGGGAUGGGUACGAAUGAUCAACAGUUGGUCAGAAUAGUGGUCACUAGAUGCGAAGUUGAUAUGGUCCAGAUCAAACAGGAGUACCAGGCGAAAUAUGGAGAAUCUUUGGCGGAAGCCAUCAAGAGUGACUGUUCUGGCGACUACAAGAAAUGCCUACUGGCUCUUAUUGGAGAAUCAUAUUAAUGAUUUAUUAAGUUCCAGUGUAUUCUAUUUGUUUUUAUGUAUUUUCUAAUGUCCAUUUUAGUUGUACAUAGUCCAGUCAACCGUUUAAAUAUAUGUACAUCACUAUUUUAAAUACCAUUUUACAUUACGUGUUGAUAUUUUUAUUUUAUUAGUUUUCUAUUGUAUUAUUUUCUGUAGAUUAUGUAUAAGUAUUUGAUUGAGAUAUAUAAAUCGAAUGGCUAAACUCCCCAUGACAAAUUACAUUAUUUAAUUUAUAUAUUAAUCUCAUAAUUAGUCAACAUUCUAAUAUUGUCAAAUACUUUCAAAGUCUUUAUAAGGGAAUAAUACAAAUAUCAUUCCUACUUUCUUAUAAUCACUAUUUUAUGUAUAACGUUUACUCGUAGGUUUGUAUCUUAUUAUGUGUAGGUACCUUACACUUCCUUGUUUGAACAACAAUUCCAUUUGCUAUAAUUGAACCCAUGCAGAUCUGAAUCCGACAUAAACAUCUUAACUAUCUAGUUAUAUGUAAUUUAUAAGAAACCUAUGUGUCAAACUGUAAGUUGUGCCUAUGAAUGUAUCUACUCGUAAUGCCAUAUCUUGGCCAUAAUGGUGUUUCUUUUUAAAUAAAUUGUGUUCUACACAACUAUGUGCUGUGUUUUGCAUGGGUUAGGAAAAUACAUAUGCACCUUAAAAAGCGUAAUAAUUAUGUGUGUGUGAAUUUUCAGUUUCUGCUAAGAUCGAGAAGUGAAGCGAAAAUAAUUUCUAAAAACCUUAGACGUUCCUGAUUUAAGAACCCAGUGACAAAAAUGGCCUAUCAUCAUAAAUUUAAUUAAGAUCAGAUACUUAAUCUCCAAUUCCCUGGUAACAAAAAUUGCGGGCGCACGCUUUUUUCUGCUCCAUAUUCCAAAAGGCACCAAUAAUAUUUUACUUCACAUGCCUACUGACUCGAAAAAUUAUGAAAAUGAGACACUAUGUGUUUUUGGAUGUUAUAUGAUAUGUACAUCACGAAAAACCAUGUCUUUCAUUUCCGUCGGUCUGUCUGUCAGUUUGUCUAUCUGUCCACUAAUCCUUGGCCCGUCUAUAACUUUAAAAGUACCGCUCAAAUUUGGAUGAAAUUUCCACGCAAAGUUACUACUGUACCGUGGAGGAAUACGCUUUGUAGUUUUUAAAAAUCGGUGCAGUGGCAGCGAAGAAAAAAGUCAAAAAGGAAAAAGUAAAAACCGCGCAAACUUCAUUUUUUUUAUUUUAGAGAGUCCUUAUCAUUUUCAUAAACAUUUUUGCAUGGAUUAAAAAUUUGCGAUUACGGGUUGCAGGCGGUAAGAGGGUAUAUCUCAAUUUUUCAAGGAUGAUGAAUUUAUACUCUUGCAACCCCGGUAAGGCUACGCACCUAUUAGAUAUAUUUAACUCAUCAAAUCUAUGAUGAUCUUAUAACUUCAUAACACCAACAGUCGCGUGUCGGUAGUGCACCAUGGUCCAGCCGAUGGUCGUGCGUCGCAGUCGGCACUCGGUUCCGUACUGCUGCGCGAUGUAUGCCAAGAGAUAACUCUGAGAGAAACCGUACCUGCCUCAAAAAUUUUGGAGAGCGGGGCUAGGAUAAUUUUACAGGGGAGGGGCAAAUCGUAAAAAGCCCCAAAAUUAUACACAAAAGCAUGCUAAAUAUGCAAAUUUUAAUUGUAUGAGCCUGUUUGACUAACUUGAUCCAUUCAAUUUUUUGUUAUAUAUGUUCGUAGCUAACUUUUUUCUCAGAAGGGCUAACUGCUUGUGCCAAACAUAAUCCUUUAUCAACUGAUAACAGCGUUGCGUGGGAAGUAUAUGUGUAGAGUCAACCCACUUGACGCCAUUUUUUUUUUAAUUUAAAAAGGAAUUAAUUUUUAGUAGAUUUAGGCAAAAUAGGGGCCUGCAUGAAAAAGUCGAACAUAGAAUCUUGACGUUUGAGAAAACAUACUGAUGAGGCUAAUGGUGGACUUGGGCAAUUAACCAGCCUGUAUGUACGCAUAACCGCAAUCUAAUUUGGCUUCUAAGAAGUGUACCACAGACCAUUGGAGAGUGACAUCAAAGGAGAUACAAGUGGAACCUUUAAACGUCUGAUGGUCUCCCUUUGCAAUGCUUGUCGAGACGAAAGCAUGGCGGUUAACCCAGAAGCUGCAAAAAGAGACGCUCAGGCACUCCUAAGAGCUGGUGAACUACGUCUUGGUACUGACGAAUCCACUUUCAACAUGGUACUAUGCCAGAGGAACUACGCCCAACUACAGCUAGUCUUUCAGGAAUACCAUAACAUCACCGGGCAUGAUAUUGAGAAAGCUAUCAAGAACGAGUUUUCUGGAGAUUGUGAACAAGGUUUUCUAGCUGUGAUCAGAUCAAUCAAGAAUCAACCGCAGUUCUUUGCAAGGAUGUUGAACAAGAGCAUGAAAGGUCUUGGGACGAAUGAUAGACAAUUGAUAAGGCUGGUGGUGACGAGAUGCGAAGUGGAUAUGGUUGAGAUUAAAAGAGAGUACCAAGCUAUGUUUGGUGAGUCGCUGGCUGAUGCUAUCAAGGGUGACUGUUCUGGAGACUACAAGAAAUGCUUACUGGCCCUGAUUGGCGAAUCUCACAAGUAAUAUUUAUUUUGCAAUUAAAAUGAAGAAUCUCUCAACUAUGACUUAAAGUUUGCACUUUUAUAAUGUUUUAUGUUUCGUUGACGUAUAUCAAAUGUUUUUAAAUGUCUAUGUUUAAUUUAUUGUUUUAACUCAUUGAUGUAGUAGUUACGAUAUCCCAUGUUAUUCUAAGCAUUCCAUACAUAAGAUUUUUUACUGAAUGAAGUUGCCAUGUAUUUUAUUUAAAUGCAUUUUUGAUUGAUGGCUGGAAAUAUGAACACAAAUAUGCAAGAUACACAAAGUUCGCAAUAGCUGUAUUAAUAUAUUUUUUAUUUUAUCAAGCUGUACUAAAGUACAUUUGUACUUAAAGAGCCAUAUUUUCUAUAUAUUAUUGUGAGAAACGUUCCGUGUUUUAUAUAGUACUUAUGAAUAAAUGUUUUUUGUCGA